UAUUUUUACUUUCUCGAUCUUCAUCUAUAAAACCAGCCUGCUAGAAUAGAGUUGAAGAGCAUCAUUCGUAAUAGAGAGAGAGCCUGGAAAGAUCGAGAAAUCAGAGAUCAGAAAGCAAAAAAUAUGAAGCAGAUAUUCGUGAAAACUUUGACGGAGAAGACGAUAACUCUGGAGGUCGAGACUAGCUACACCGUUGAAAAUGUCAAAGCUAAAAUUCAAGAGAAGGAAGGAAUUCCAUCUGAGCAGCAACGGUUGAUGUUUGCUGGGAAACAACUUGAAGAUGGAGGAACUAUGGCAGACUACAACAUCCAGAAAGAAUCAACGCUUCACCUGGCGCUGAGUCUCAGGGGAGGGGGACGUGGCGGAUUAAACUUUCCUCCAAAUCUUAGAGAUUUGGCUCAAAAAUACAACGAGAAGAAGCAGAUCUGCCGCAAGUGUUAUGCUCGCCUUCCUCUAAAAGCCACCAACUGUAGGAAGAAGAAAUGUGGUCACUCCAAUGAGUUAAGGCCCAAGACGCCAUUUCACUCUAAGUAUGGCGACAGCGUCCAGUAGAAGAACUGAAGAGCCAUAAGGAAGAUUAGUGCAUUUCGAUCGUGUUUAUUACGUAUUUUAGUUUAUCUGGUCAACUCUAGCUCUUGUUAUGCAUGUAAACUGCAGAAUUCUAUAUUAGGGGUAAUAUGGGAUGUUACUUUAUUUCAAAUCAUCGAUGAUCUGAUCAGAUGAUUUGGUUAUUUCGUUAUUUAAUACUCUGUACGUAUAUACUUCGUAUAUACUAUCUGGGUACGAAGUAUAUGUGUGAAUUAUUAUAUCUUGUCAUUUACCUUUCACCAAUUUCGCUUCGUUCGGAUUGGAUCUAUA